AUGGGGAGCCUGCCACCUCUUGACGCCCCAUUGCCACUUGGCCCCGAGGCAUUCCUCGAUGAGUCGCGCCCGGUGAUCGACUUCCUCAACGGCUACUACCGUGACAUCGAGAGUUACCCUGUCCGGCCCGACGCUGAGCCAGGGUGGCUCCGAACGCUUCUACCGGACGUGCCGCCCGAGCACGGCGAUCCGGUGGAAGCCAUAUUGGAGGAUGUGCAGCAACACAUCAUCCCUGGACUAACACACUGGCAGAGCCCCAACUUCUUCGCCUACUUCCCGGCAAAUGGGAGCGCGGCCGGGUUGAUGGGCGAUAUGCUUACAUCCGGUCUCAACGUUGUACCCUUCUCUUGGGCCUCUUCGCCGGCCGCAACAGAGCUUGAGAGCGUCGUGGUGGACUGGAUGUGCAAGCUGCUAGGGCUCCCCGACCGCUUCCUCUUCUCCUGCGGCGGUAGGGGUGUGCUGCAUGGAAGCACCUGCGAAGGUGUGGUGUCCACGCUUGCGGCCGCACGUGAUCGCGCCCUAAGAAGCUUGGGGCAUGAAGGCAUCGUGAGGCUGGUGGUCUACGCCUCCGAUCAGAGCCACGCCACCUUCCAGAAGGGCACGAGCAUCAUCGGCAUUCCGCCAGCCAACUUCCGCAUCAUCCCAACGUCGGCAUCAUCGGGGUACGGCCUCACAGCUGACAGCGUUUACGACGCGGUGGAGGCCGACAUUGCCAGCGGGCUCGUGCCCUUGUACCUCUGCGCCACCAUUGGCACUACCGGGGUCGGCGCCGUCGACCCUGUGCGCGGUCUCGGGGAGGUGGCGCGGCGGUAUUGCAUGUGGCUGCACGUCGACGUCGCGUUCGCUGGAAGCGCCCUGAUCUGCCCCGAGUUCCGGGACUGCAUCAACGGCGCCGAGCUCGCGGAUUCGGUGAGCAUGAACCCGCACAAGUGGUUCCUCACCAACAUGGACUGCUGCUGCCUGUGGGUUGCCAACCCACAAGUGCUUACCUCCGCACUGUCGACUAACCCGGAGUACCUCAACAAUAUCGGCAAGGGAGGCACAGAGGUGAUCGACUACAAGGACUGGCAGAUUGCAUUGUCACGCCCUUUCCGUGCCAUGAAGCUAUGGGUGGUCUUGCACCGCUACGGCGCAGCAGGGAUGAGGGCACACAUACGGAGGCACGUCGAAAUGGCCAAGUGGUUCGAACGAAUGGUCAGAGCCGACGAACGGUUUGAGGUGGUGACGCCAAGGAGCUUCUCCCUCGUGACCUUCCGCCUCCGCCCACAGAAUGAGCUAGAGGAUGAGAUUUCUGUGGACGCCUUGAACCGCAAACUCCUCGUGGCCAUCAACACGAGCGGACGGGCGUUCAUGACACACUUUGUGGUGGAUAACAAGUUUGUUAUCCGUAUGGCAAUGGGCGGAGCCAUGACGCAGAUGCGGCACGUCCGGGACGCAUGGAAGCUUGUCAAGGAGAAGGCCAAGGAAGUCGGCGCCUUUCCAAGAGAGUACGCACAAGUUAGGGAGAUGAAUUAAGCAUCAAUACUGGAACCAAUCCAUCGUCAGUACAAUAUUUUUCUUAAUUGUAAUAUGUGGCAUGAAGCCACUCCAGAUUUCUCUUUUCUGUGGAGUGUACU